AUGGAUAAUCACGGCCCUCUCCCUUUCUGGUGCGCAACAUGGAGGUUGUUUUAUGGAUGGCGACUGCAAAGUGGAACGCUCAUGUUUCUGCUUGGUUUGGUAACUACGGUAGGUGGUCAAAUUCGGUAUUCUAUUCCCGAGGAGAUGAAGAAAGGCUCAUUAAUUGGAAAUGUGGCUCAAGAUCUUGGUUUGGACAUAAAGAGACUCUUAUCUGGACGAGCCCGCAUCGUGACGGGAGGAAACAUCCAGUACACUGAACUGAGGGCAGACAAAGGGCUUCUGGUCGUCAAUGACAGAAUAGACCGAGAGCAGCUUUGUAGAGAUGUGACGCCAUGCAGCUUCAGCUUUGAGAUCAUUUUAGAAAACCCGAUUGAGUUGCAUAGAAUCACAGUUGAGGUUUUGGAUAUAAAUGAUCAUGCGCCCAUGUUUCCUAAUAAGGAUAAAUCUCUCAUAUUUGAAAUAAGUGAAGGGGUGGCGGUUGGGGUACGCUUCCCCCUGCGGAGUGCUGAGGAUCAAGAUGUGGGGCAAAAUACACUGCAAAAUUACAUUUUGUCACCAAAUGAUAAUUUUCUACUGAAUCAGCAUGCAAACCCAGAUGGCAGCAAAUAUGUUGAAAUGGUACUUCAGAAGCCUUUAGAUAGAGAAAAGCGUCCUCGGUUCUCUUUAAAAUUAAUUGCAGUUGAUGGAGGAACACCACAGAGAUCUGGUAGUGUUUCUAUUGAAAUUAAUGUUUUAGAUGCAAAUGACAACGAACCCAUAUUUAACCAAUCAGUUUAUAAGGCUAAUGUAAUUGAAAAUACUUUGAAAGGAACUAGUAUUAUUAGAGUAAAUGCUACAGAUGCUGACAGUGGUUCAAAUGGACUCAUCAGUUACAGUUUGUCUAAAAUGAAAGGAAGUGAGGAUGAUGUAUUCGAUAUUGAUGAAAACACUGGCGCAAUUUUUGUGUCUGGGAAAAUAGAUUAUGAAAAAGACAGAAAGUAUGAAGUGAGAGUGGAAGCAAAAGAUCAAGGUGGACUUACUGGGACCAGUAAAGUUAUAUUUGAUGUAAUCGAUGUUAAUGAUAAUGCUCCAGUAAUUACGAUCAUGUCAUUCUCAAGUCCUUUGUCUGAGGAUUCGCCACCUGGUACAACUGUUGCAGUUUUGAACAUAAAAGAUGAAGAUACUGACAAAAAUGGACAAAUUAAAUGUUCCAUUGAUGGAAAUCUUCCUUUUAAAUUGGAGACAUCUCUUACAAACUAUUACAAUUUAAUUUCAGAUCAAUAUUUUGAUAGGGAAUCUGUCACAGAAUAUAACAUAUCAAUUACAGCCAGUGAUCUUGGGUCACCUCCUCUUUCUAGCUCAACAAAGUUACACCUUAAAAUUUCAGAUGUGAAUGACAAUUCACCAUUAUUUGACAAAAACAUUUAUACAGCUUAUGUCGCAGAGAAUAACUCACCCGGUGUUUCUAUAUUUGCUGUGACUGCUCGAGACGCUGAUUGGAACCAAAACUCCCAAAUAUCUUACCUUUUAGAAGACACAAUGAUAAGUGACAGUCCAGCUUCCACUUUUGUUUCUUUAAAUUCAGAAACUGGUGUUCUCAGUGCGGUGCGAUCGUUCGAUUAUGAGCAAAUGAAACAACUGGUCUUGGUGGUCCGAGCUCAGGAUGGAGGCUCCCCUCCUCUGAGCAGCAACGUGAGCGUGGCCAUCUUGAUUCAGGACGCCAACGACAAUGGCCCUCAGGUACUCUACCCGGUCCAGACAGGUGGCUCCGUGCUAGCCGAAAUAGUGCCUCGUUCAGCAGAUGUCGGCUAUCUGGUGACCAAAGUGGUGGCUGUGGACGUGGACUCAGGACAGAACGCCUGGCUCUCAUAUAAAGUGCACAAAGCUGCAGACAGGGCGCUGUUUGAAGUGGGCCUCCACAAUGGUGAAGUGAGAACUGUCCGCCAAGUGACUGAUAAAGAUGCAGUAAAACAAAGAUUGACUGUUGUCGUGGAAGACAACGGGCAGCCCUCUCGUUCAGCUACAGUUAUUGUUAAUGUGGCAGUGGCGGACAACUUCCCUGAAGUGCUGUCAGAGUUCAAUGAGUUUAGCAUACACGACAAGGAGUACAAUGACAAGCUGACAUUUUACCUAGUUUUGGCUUUGGCUGUGGUCUCUUUCCUCUUCAUCACCUGCUUGCUGCUUAUCAUAUCAGUCAAAGUGUACAGGUGGAGACAGUCUCGCAUCCUUUACCAUACCAACCUGCCCGUCAUUCCGUAUUAUCCCCCGCGUUACUCGGACACUUUGGGGACAGGGACUCUCCCGCAUGUGUACAAUUAUGAGGUGUGCAGGACCACUGACUCCAGGAAAAGUGACAUGAAGAAUAUGCAAGCCAUGAGUCAAAGUUUAGUGAGUGUGGAUGGAGCUGAUGCUGAUUUGCCACAAGUGAACAAGAUGAUGUCAGCAAAGUGCUCACAGAUGUCCACUUUGGUGAGUGAAAUAUUUCACUUUUCUCCCAUUUUUGUGUCCAAUAUUUUUUUCAUCUUGGCAUUUGAAGUGUAA